CUUAAUGUCAGUAUUAUUCAGUGCAAGAGGUGGGAAAUGUGUCGACAGAAUUAUACAUUCGCUGUAGUCAACAACGUCUUUAUGGUUCACCGAGGAAUCAAGACUUCUGAAGGUAGCAUUAAACAGAUCAAAUUGUCGGCCAGAAAACAAUUCAGCAACGCUAAAGCGGCAUUCAACAAACGCAUGAUGAAAGAACACCCGGAGACACAAGAACUGUGCCCUAAAAUCUGA